CUUUCUUUUUGUGGAAUGGGUUUUAUUAAGCUGACAUCGCUACAGUUAAGCAGGAAAUCUUGGCGUUUUCUCUACAACAAAAUGUAUAUUAUGGAAAACGAACAAUUGAACAAUGAUGAUACAACCGUAAACUACGAAUCUGAGGAUGAAGAAAACAGAACAUUUUCUCCGCAUAUUUUAUUAUAUACCAAACAGUUUGUAACUACAAGCAGUUGGUUGGCAAAAAUGUAUAGUUUCACCGCUGUUGUGUAUAUUUUAUCUCCAUUUAUUGAAUACGCGAUAUACAGUGCAAACGGAGUCGUAGACGGCUUUAGGGUUCAUGUAUUACCAAUUUGGUCACCAUUGGACAAUGUCAGUAUUAUUGGUUACGUGUUCACAUUAAUCAUCGAAAUAAUAGCAUCAAUAUACUGUGUGGCCAUUCAUAUAACCUUUGAUACAUUUGCUACGGGAACAAUGAUAAUUAUUUGUGGUCAGUUUUCUUCGCUACGCGAAUAUAGCAAGCAGAUUUGUGGAAGUGGAAAGCGAUGUGAUUUGAAUUUGAAAAGGGACGCUCGAGCGCAUUAUCGAAUUAAAAAAUGUAAUUUCAUUCAUGUUACAUUGUUAAGCAUGGUCAACAAAUUGAAUGAGUUAAUAAGGAAUAUUAUCGGCAUAUAUUUUUUCGUAGCCACCUUGACUUUAUGUUCAGUGGCUGUACAACUACAAUCUACGAAGCUAAGCGCCACUCAGCUAAUCUCUCUGCUACAGUACAUGUUCGCGACUCUUACACAGCUUUUACUUUACUGUCAUUACGGACAAGAAGUACAAAGCAAGAGUGCUGUAUUUAUUGGGGAUGGCCCAUUUACGUCAUCCUGGUGGAGUGUUAGCGGCAAAGUACGCCGUGAAAUUGCGAUUUUAUGCACAGGCAUGUCUCACAGUUGUAGACUCUUUGCCGGGCCUUUUAAUGUUUUGAACCUUCAGUCAUUUAUUCAGAUUAUUAAAACAGCAUACAGUUACUACACAGUGAUUCACCAGACAUCUGAACAAGAGUAA